GACUGCGUUUCCGCCCAGGCGUAGAAGGAGCAGAGGCUGCGCUAGAGGGGCAGGGAGCAGAGCUGCCUUGGGCCAGGCCCCCCACUUCCCUCCUCCCUGCACCCCAGUAGGGGUUGGAAGUGGCAGCUCAAGGGGGAUGCUGUAGGGAGACGAAACGCACCGAGAGAGGGUGAGAGAAACAGUUCCAGCACGGCCAGCACCUUGGGCUCCAGCCACCGAGGCGUCAAACCUGCCACAAUCAGCAGGCGAAGCUCGAGUGCUGUGGCCAGGGGUUCCGCAGUCCUCACUCACGACGCCAAGGGCAGCAGCCCGAGGGAGGCUUGACUACGCACUGCAUGAGCUGGCACGAGUGUUAGCCCCACCUUCUCUCACCCCAGCAGGAUGGAGGGGCCUUGGGCACUGAGCUUCCUGCUGCUGGCCUGCCUGCUGCUGCCCGACUCCACGCUGAGCCAGCCCAGCCCCCCCGAGGAGGAGCAGGGACAGGCAAAGCGGACACCAUCCCACCGCCACGCUGCCAGGGCCGAACGAGAGCACGAGAAAUAUCAUCGCAACCCGGACAAGCAGCCUCCCCGCUCCCAGUGCGUGCGCUGCUGCGACCCCCCCACUCACUCCUCUGUCUACCCCAUGUACCCGCCCCUGCCCCACAUCAACAUCACCAUCCUGAAAGGUGAGAAAGGAGACAAGGGCGAGCGAGGCCUGCAGGGCAAGUUUGGCAAAGCCGGAUCGGCGGGCAGCAGGGGCCACACGGGGCCCAAGGGCCAGAAAGGAAGCAUCGGGGCCACGGGGGAGCCAUGCAAAAGUCACUACGCUGCGUUCUCCGUGGGCCGCAAGAAACCUCUGCACAGCAAUGACUACUACCAGACGCUGCUCUUCGACACUGAGUUUGUCAACCUCUAUGGCCACUUCAACAUGUUCACAGGCAAGUUCUACUGCUACGUGCCUGGCAUCUACUACUUCGCACUCAACGUGCACACCUGGAACCAGAAGGAGACCUACCUGCACAUGGUGAAGAACGGGGUCGAGGUGGUGAUCCUCUAUGCCCAGCAGAGUGACCGGAGCAUCAUGCAGAGCCAGAGCGUCAUGCUGGAGCUGCAGGAGCAGGACGAGGUCUGGGUGCGUCUCUUCAAGGGCGAGCGGGAGAACGCAGUCUUCAGUGACGAGUACGACACCUACGUCACCUUCAGUGGCUACCUGAUCAAGCACAGCGGGGAGCCGUGACCCCAGGCCUGGGCUGUCUGGCUAGUCCUCCCCCAAGGCCAUCACCCAUCUCCUGCUCUGCUCCUCUUUCUGGUGCAGACCCCAUCGCACCCCGCCAAGCCCUGUCAUGUCUGUGCCCACUCCCUGCUCCCCUCCCUCAGCUGGGGCAUGACCCUCUCCAGGGUCGUCCUCCGUCAUUGCGCAACGGUGCUCUCAUGCUGUCUGUGGCUGUUUACAUAUGGACAUCCCUCUCCCCCCCAUGCCUUGCUCAGAUAACUGGGAUGAGAUGUAUUGAGAGCCGGGGGGGCUUCCCCAGCCUCCCUGCUGGCAUGAUUUGUGAUAGGAAGAGCUAUUCCAGCGAGGGAAACAGGCCUUCCUCGGGCAGCAGAUGGCAUGGGCUGGUAUUAUUGGGAUGCGUGGGGUCUCUGCAUGGCCACCGCAGAAGCCAGUGCUGUGGCAAGGAGCCUCCCACAGGUGUGUUCUUUGGACACGUUUGCCUAGUGGCUAACGAAUCCGAGUCCUGGCACACACUUUUGCACCAGCUGAGGGUGCCCUGUUCUGGUACAGUUACGUGGGUGCAGACAUGACCUCACGGCAGAAGCAGAAGUUGCUCAGCACCAAGCAGGUGCAGGGAUCCCUGCUGUGAAGAGACAGGGAAAUGGCAGCUCCCUGGAGGCAUCCGCUUCGUCCACAGGGACCCUGGGAUUUACAGGGUGCAGAGAUGUCAUGUAGCAGCAGCAGGUGCUGUAGGGACCUGCCUUGCUGGCUGCGAGUGGGGCCUGGGAGCAGUGUCACACAGCUCCCAAUAAACCUUCCUUCAAUGUGGAGCUGGCAGAUUGACCUGCUGCAGCUUCCCCUUCCUGCUUUGCUCUGCUCUGCUCCGCUCCGCACCCACCCUCACGGGGUCUGGUCAGGGCAUGCCUCUGUGCAGGCUCUCGGAAUCCACGCCAGUGUGUCCUGCCAGCUGUGCUCUGCAUUGGAGUCCAACAAGGCCAUGAGACCCCAGCCCCUGCCUCCAUUCAGAGCAUAGUGCUGAAUAGCCCUCACCCCGGCCCUGCACUCCUCAAUGGCUGAUGGUCACCACCCUAGCUGCUCCCCCGCAGCCGGGGAGCUGGUUCCAGCUGGCGGCGCUGGUUGCAAUGGGCUUGGACUUAGUCCCUCCUUCCUUGGUUAGUUCUGCUGGUCAGACUUUUUAUCUCUGUCAGUACAACACAGAGCGGGGCUGGGGCAACCUGCUGCGGCCCCAGGCUCUCUGCACUGCUCUGUAAUCACAUUAAACGCUGAAAGGACUGGAUUGCUAGCUAGGCCUUGGCUUCGGGCUACUUCCUCCACUUCACUCACAUUCAGAGGCCCUGUGAGGGGACCCUUGGGCCUGGCUGGCUGAGCUGGGACUCCCCCCUACGAUGCCCUUUCCUCCAUGGGAACCCUGCAAACUGCCUGAACUGGGCCCAUUGGUCUCUGGAGCUCUCACUCGCCGCAGCAAGCAGCAGCAGGACUCUGGCCCCACAGCCCUGCCGGGAGCGCAGGACCCUCUCUUCUCUGGGGGCAGCACACGCCCUUGUGCCUUCCCACUACAAACCUUUGCUUAGAUUUGUGCACCUCCCUCCCUAGGUGCAUGUCCCUUGGCAUCCUGUGUGUGGGGGCAGGGACCCAGUGCUCGGAGCUGGGCAUCACCUCAGGGGGACACAAAGCACAUGCUCUUCCCUCCCACCUGGCUGGAGACAGGGAUAAAGGCCCCCCUUCCAAAGGGCUCUAGGCCUGCAGCCCUCCCGCAGUAACACCUAAGCCAGGUACCAGCAGGCUUUGCCCCAUGCACUGACUGCCAGGGGGAGGAAGUGCAGGGUGGCAGAGGGCAGCUUGGGAGCAUGGCUGGUCCUCAGAGGAGAGGGCAGCAUGGGGGAGCAGGUAGGAUCUGGGCUCAGCCAGCAGCAGUCCUACAGGGUGACAGAUGGCUGGGAAGGUGAACCCUGCAAUGGCACAGGGCCACUCCAGAUACACGUGGGAGUAAGGAUAUAUGGUGCUGGGGGAGGCCUGGACACAUACAGGGACAGGAUGAUGCCAAGGAGAUGGGGGACAGGCACACGCAGUGGCAGGGCAAGGGACACUGCACACCCACUGGACAGAGUGAGGGAGGAGGGCGUGCAUUGGUGUUGAAAGUUUGUAGCCACAAUAUCAAGAGUGUCAGCUAAGCCCUGGGUGUGCAGCCUGGACCCCAGACAUGCUGAGCCCUGCAGUCACUUUGUGGAGCUCCUUUGCCAAUCUGAGAGCCAGGUCCUGGUGUCUGUGUCUGGGCUGAGCACAGGACUCAAGGCUGCCAAUGCUUGGCCUUGGCAGCUGAGCAGAGUGCAGGGGCCAGCCCUGCUGUCCUGGACUGGGUGAGUCCUUGGAAGCUGGGGGAUGGGCCAGCCAACUGGCCGAGGGUGGCCUUCCAAGAAUAAUACUGGGAGAGGCGUUCUGGAGCAGAGCAGGGAUGAGGUCACCCAUGCCAGAGUCUGCCUCAUGGGGCCAGGAGAAACAUUCCAGGAGAAGCCUCUGAAGUCAUGUGUGGUCACAAUAUCAUUCUCCCCAGCAGACACAAACUUAGGAACAUUCCCUUCCUGGGCCUUAGUUGUACCCAGAACCAACUCUGGGUCAACUGAUAAAUUCUUAAGCAGCAUAAACCUAGAAGCACUUUCUGUCUGCUCCACAGACAAAAGGCUGGAGGUACAUUCUCCUUCAUUAGGCACACUGCUAUUUGCAACAGACAAACAACUGAAAACAGUUUUUCCUUCAACAGAUAAACUGUUGCUUUCCACAAAAAGUGUCUCACUACACUGAUUUCAGAGUGGCAGCCAUGUUAGUCUGUAUCAGCAAAAACAAU